GUGAGGAGCGGGCGGUUCGCGGGUGGUGAAAACGUCAUCAAAACUGUGCCAACUCAAGUGAGAAAAAAAAAAUUGGAACUGAAUCUAGCAUGAACAAUGUGUACAAGCUCGAUGCCAUGAGACUGGACUAUCCCGCCGCAGGAUUGCAUGGAGAAGGUGUGGUUCUCCGGGGCAAGGUGGAAGGGCGGCUGAGCCGGGUGCAGAAGCUGAAGCGCAGGAUCAGCUCCAGUUUCGGCCGGCUCGCCAUAUCGAAGAGCACGGACGCCGUGGACGAGGGCGCGCUCCACGAGAGUGAUGACGUCACUGACGGAGCGCGGCUGAGGACGGGCGGCUACUCCGAAGAGUUUCUGGACCGGCUGGAGCCCAACGGCAACAUCCCCAAACACGGCUCUCUGCACCUGGGCUGGGAGCGGCUGGUGGACCACGACGUGGUCAGCCGCCAGCUCUCCAUCUCGUCCGACAGCAAGCUGCUAGACGAUGACGUGCGCGAGGAGGCCAAGGUGGUGAUGCGGCCCAAGCGGCCGCCGCGACCCAAGUCCGAGCUCUACCUCUGCAAGGACAGCCGCGCCUCCAAACGCUACUCGGCCUUCGGGGGUGACUCGCCAUUCGGCAGGCAGGAGGCCUACUUGAAACUCAACCAGCUGGGCGAGGGUUCCUACGCCACCGUCUUCAAAGGCUACAGCAACCUGACGCAGCAGACGGUGGCGCUGAAGGAGAUCCGUCUGCAGGAGGAGGAGGGUGCCCCCUUCACCGCCAUCCGCGAGGCCAGCCUGCUCAAGGAGCUGAAGCACGCCAACAUUGUCAUCCUCCACGACAUCAUCCACGCCCGCAAUGCUCUCACCUUCGUCUUCGAAUACGUGCACACGGACCUGUCGCAGUACCUGGAACAGCACCCGGGCGGCCUGCACGGCCGCAACGUGCAGCUGUUCAUGUACCAGCUGCUGCGCGGCCUCAGCUACUGCCACGCCCGGCGCAUCCUGCACCGCGACGUCAAGCCGCAGAACCUGCUCAUCUCGCAGAUCGGCGAGCUUAAGCUGGCUGACUUCGGUUUGGCACGGGCCAAAUCGGUGCCGAGCCACACGUACUCUCACGAAGUGGUGACGCUGUGGUACCGGCCGCCGGACGUCCUGCUCGGCUCCACAGACUACACCACCUCGCUGGACAUGUGGGGCGUCGGCUGCAUCUUCCUCGAGAUGAUCUCGGGCGUGCCGUGCUUCCCGGGCGUGCGCGACGUGGCCGACCAGCUGGACAAGAUCUUCCGCGUGACGGGCACGCCGGACCCGCGCUCGUGGCCGGCGCUGCUCUCGCUGCCGCACUACCGGCCGGAGCGGCUGGCGCAGCACCGGCCGCGCCGGCUCGGCGCCGCCUUCCCCCGGCUGGCCGAGCUGAGUCACGCAGAGCCGCUGGCCGCCCGCCUCCUGCACCUGGCGCCGGAGCAGCGCAUCACCGCCGAAGAGGCGCUGGGGCACGCCUACCUGGCCGAUCUGCCGGCGGCGCUGGCCGCCCUGCACCCCUCGCAGAGCGUCUUCAGCGUGCCUGGCGUGCGACUGCACAGCGAGGCGACUCAGUUCGCGCCGGUCGUGCUCAGGGUGGCGCACGAGCGACGCCGUAGGCAUUAGUACGCCGCUGGCCGCCAGGGGCGCGGAGGGCGCCGACGCGCCACCCGCCGGCCCCGUUCAGUCUAGUCACGGGCGGGGACGAGUGUGAUGUUCCGUAGCGACGGUGGACCGUCAUAGAGCAGUCUGCUUGUUCCGGCCAAAGAAACUGCCUGUGAUGGCGAUUUUCUAGUCAGCUGUUGCGAUGACGGUGAGGAGCAAGGUCGUGUUGUGUGGCGCGGGGCUGUCGCUGACCGGACGCUGCCAUACCGGCGGAAAGCGGCGGUACGCGCGGCAGGAGGACACUGUGUGCUGUCCAUUUGUGCACUCCUUCCAGCCGAGCGCCUCGGGGUUGACUGCUCUGUCUUUUGGGGAUGACCCCCAGGACCAAAGACAACCUUCGGCGACCCUUUUUCUCUUUCUCCUGUGUGCUGUCGAUUUUGUGUUAGUGGCAUUCGCGAGGCUCGUCGUGUUCUCAGUGUCUUGCAAUGUCCCAGAUCUCCGGUUUUGAUACAGCGUCCCGCUCAGUAGUCGGUCGGGCGCGCCGCCCCGCUUCAUCCCGCCGUGCCACGCUAGUCGUUCGAUCUCUGCGAUGUGAAAGCCUGCCGCGCCGAACGGUGCGGUGUUGAGUUUCGACAUUUUAGCCUGCCGCAUGCGUGCCAACGCGCAGGCCAGCGCUUGCCCGACGUGCGCAGCCGAGGCGGAGACGGCUAACUCUGCUCGGCUUGUAGCGCGUCUUGGUUUACAGGGUACCGUGCGUUCUCAUCCCCAGUUCUAGUGCGGAGCACCCAUGGUGAGGCCUCCUUUUGGCGCGACCCGACAUGCCACAGGUUGGCAAUACUGACCAACGAUGCGUGGCCGGUCUGAGCGACAUCGAAGCGCUCCGGUCAGUGUCGGUUCCGGACUCGGUCCGAUAGAUGUCUCUAGUGCCGGACCGACUGCCGCUUGUGGGUAUGUGAGUGCGGUCCACUUGUCAUCGCGAAUGUCGAGCUGGACAGGUUGGUGAGAAUGUUGAGCACGCUAGCAUGACGUCAUUGCGCUUUAUGCACUUUGGGCUUAGGCUGGUUUUCGAAAUAGAAUCUUCAGCGCAUA